AUACUUUGUGGAAUAGAUAUUUUCUAACACACAAGACUGAACAACUCCCUCACGACCAAAAGUACCCUCUUUCAGCAAUCUGCCCAAGAUGCCUCUCGUUGUUCCCGGCGUGACUACGCAGUCUGGCGACAAGACUGAGGAGUGGAUGAACAAGUUGGUGGGCAAGCAGCUACACGACGGCGAAGAGUCCAACGAGACUCUCUUCGCGAAGAGAGAACUCCCCGAGAGCCACAGAAUCAUCCAACCUGGUCAGAUGGUCACUAGGGAUCUUAACCCUGACCGCCUCAAUAUCCACGUGAAGGAAGAUGGCACAGUAUCUCAUGUCACUCACGGCUAAGCUGGGACGUGCUGUGAUGGUAUUUUGAGGAGCCGCCUCUUUUUGGUGGUUGAGUGGAGAGAUGGGAUCUGGGCAGAGCAGAUGUGGUGGCCGCCGGUGCGAGCUCUGCUUCUUCCUGAGAUACCUCUUGCGACCUAGUCAUAUUCCAAAGACACGUAUCCUCAUAGCAAAUGUUACACUUCAUUUAGCAG